AUGGCGUUCUCAACUGUGUUACUGGACAUCGAAGGCACUGUUUGUCCUAUUUCUUUUGUCAAAGAAACCCUAUUCCCGUAUUUUCUUCAACAGGUUGAUUCGCUUACACAGUCGAGAGAACCGCAGGUGCAAGAUUUGCUGAGUCAAUUCAAAGUUGAAGAUGUUAAAGCUCACAUUCGCGACUUAGUGGCUCGCGAUGUGAAGGAUCCAAUUUUGAAACAAUUGCAAGGCGUUAUUUGGCAGCAUGGAUACGCUAGUGGUCAAAUAACGGCGCCAGUCUACGCCGAUGCUAUCAAUUUCAUUAAAAGUACCAACAAGCCGGUGUAUAUUUACUCAAGUGGAUCCGUUAAAGCGCAGCAAUUGUUAUUCCAGUAUGUGCGUGGUUCAGACAAAGCUAUUGAUCUUCGCCCAGAAAUAAUGGGUUAUUACGAUAUCAACACGUCAGGUGUAAAAACAAAAAGCGAGUCUUACCGCAAUAUUGCUCGAGACAUUGGAUGCGAUCCCAACGACAUACUAUUUAUCAGUGAUAAUGUCUUGGAACUCGAGGCUGCCCAAAAAGCAGGCCUAAAAUCAAAAUUAGCAAUCAGGCCUGGCAAUUAUCCAGUGGAAGAUCUGUCUGCUUACGACACGAUCAGCGAUUUUGCUCAACUGUAA